AUGGUUACAGUCAAAUGUUUGUUAGUCAUUGCUGCUAUCAAAGGUUGGCAUCUAAUUGAAUUAGAUGUCAACAAUGCCUUUUUGCAUGGUAAGUUGAAAGAUGAAAUUUAUGUGUCUUUAUCUCCUGGUUUUGGUGAAAAAGAGGAUACUAGAUCAAAAGUAGAUUAUUCCCUUUUCACUCGAUCUCAAGGGUCAUCUUUUAUUGCCUUAUUGGUUUAUGUCGAUGACAUCUUGAUAGCAAGUAAUGACACUGCAACAGUUCAUCCUCUCAAAGUAUUUCUUGAUCACCAGUUCAAAUUAAAAGAUCUUGGAUCUUUAAAAAAUUUUUUGGGACUUGAGGUUGCUCGUAGCUCCAAAGGUAUAUCUCUUUCUCAAAGGAAAUAUACUUUGGAAAUACUUUCUGACACUGGUUACUUGGGAUGUAAACCAGUAAAGACUCCCAUGGAACAAGAUGUUAAACUCUCUCGGACUGAUGGUGUUCCUCUUGAAGAUGCUAAAGUUUAUCGAAGAUUGGUAGGUCGAUUAUUGUAUCUCACCAUAACAAGACUUGAUAUUACUUUUGAUGUUCAUAUUCUUAGCCAAUUUAUGGACUCACCUCGGCAGCCUCAUCUACAUGCUGCAUAUCAAGUGUUGCAGUAUUUGAAGUCAGCUCCAGGCCAAGGCCUUUUCUUCCUUGCAAAUUCAUCUCUCAACUUGAGUGCCUUCACAGAUUUUGAUUGGGCUGGUUGCCAAGAUACUAGACGCUCUCUCACUGGUUUUUGUAUUUUUCUUGGUAACUCACUUGUGUCAUGGAAGUCCAAGAAUCAGGCUAUUGUUUCUAGAUCCCCUGCUGAAGCAGAGUACCGUGCAAUGGCCAUUACAGUUUGUGAAUUAGUUUGGCUUUCAUCCUUGUUGUCUGGUCUUCAACUCCCUCCAACUGUUGUUUCCUUAUACUGUGACAGCAAAUUUGCAAUCCAUAUUGCUUCGAAUCUUGUUUUUCAUGAACGAACUAAGCACAUCGAGAUCGAUUGCCACUUCGUUUGUGACAAGAUACAAUAUGGUUUUCUUCAAACUUUUCAGGUUUCUUCCAAGAACCAACUUGCUGACUGUUUCACAAAUGCUUUAGGUUUACCUUUAUUUUCUAUUAUGAUGUCCAAGCUGAGCCUUAUUGAAAUUCAUGCUCCAGCUUGA